GGGGGGGGGGAGCGGGGCCUGCUCGGACGCCUGGGCCCCCGCCGAGCGGGGGAGGAGCGCGGGCCGGGCGCAAAGGCCUCUGGGAAGGCGUCGCCCCCCCUGGUCCCGUCACGUGGGGGGGCCGGGCCGGGCCGGGGGGUUCCGGCUCCGGCGGGGGAGGCGCUUCCGGCCAGGCCCGUCGGCGCGGGCUCCAGGCGGCCCCGGCAGACCCCCCCCCCGGGGGCCCAGGCGUCCGGGGCCCCCGCCUCCCCCGCCGCUGCCCCACGGCGCCACCGCCCCCCCCGCGGCCCCGCGGACGGACGGACGACGGUCCCGCUCCUGGCGUCACCCGGCGAGCUCGAGCCGGGGGCCUCAGCGAGGGACCCAACGUAACCGAAUCCCGGGCAAUUACAGGUUUUCCAGCUUGCAGCUCCCACCCCUCACGCGGGGGUUAGACCCACGGUAGCUGUGGGGUCUGGGGUCUCCUGCUCCUCCCCGGCUCUCGCCGUCGUUCCGAGGCCGCGUCCCCCCCCAAGCCCCCGCCCCGGCGGCGAUGGAGGCCAACGUGAGCGAGGAGAGCGUCCACUUCCAGAGCUACCCCUUCGACUUCCUCGACUUCCUCAACCAGCAGCGCUUCGAGCCCCCCGAGCCCUACGGCCACGAGCCCCCCAAGGCCCCGCCGGCGCCCGCCGGCCCCCCGCCGCCCUUCGACUACCCGCCGCCGCCGCCCCCCCCGGCGGCCCCCCCUUCGAGCGCCCCAAGCCCAAGGACUUCAAGGCCGAGGGCUUCGCCGUCGACGUCGUCGUCGUCGUCGUCGUCAUCGUCGUCGGCGAAGAAGGGGGAGGCGGCGCCGCCGUUCCCCCCCGCGCCCCCCGCCCAGCCCCUCUUCGACGCCGCCGCCGCCUUCGGCCCGCCCCAGUGGGGCAUCGUCGACCUCUCGGGCCACCAGCACCUCUUCGGCGGCCUCAAGCGCCCGGCGGUGCCGCCGGUGCCGGUGCCGGUGCCGGUGCCGCCGGCGGUGCCGCCGCCCGGGGAGGCGGCGUCGGCCCGGGAGGAGAAGGGCUACUUCCGGCGGCUGCGGUACCUGGUGGAGCGGCGCUUCCCCUGCGGCGUCUGCCCCAAGGCCUUCAAGCAGUCGUCGCACCUGGUGCAGCACAUGCUGGUGCACACGGGCGAGCGGCCCUACGAGUGCGGCACCUGCGGCCGCUCCUACAACCACGUCUCCAGCCUCGUCCGCCACCGCCGCUGCCACAGGGACGGCGCCGAGCUCCCCGCCGCCUCCACCGCCGUGUCACCCGUGCCGCCCGUGCCGCCCGUGCCGCCCGUGCCGCCGCCGCCGCCGGAGGGGCCCUUCACCUGCUCGCUGUGCUGGAAGGUCUUCAAGAAGCCCAGCCACCUGCACCAGCACCAGAUCAUCCACACGGGCGAGAAGCCCUUCAGCUGCUCGGCGUGCGGCAAGAGCUUCAACCGCCGCGAGAGCCUCAAGCGCCACGUGAAGACCCACGCGGCCCUGCUGCGGCUGCCCUGCGCCGUCUGCGGCAAGGAGUUCCGCGACGCGGCCUACCUGCUGCGGCACCAGGCCGCCCACGCCGGGCCCCGGCCCCACCACGCCUGCGAGGUCUGCGGCAAGGCCUACGCCGCCCCGCAGAGCCUGCUGCGGCACCGGCAGGUCCACGCCGCCGCCAAGGCCUCCUCCUCCGCCUCCUCCUCCUCCUCCUCCUCCGCGUAUCCCGGCGGCUCGCAGGGGCCGGCGGCGGAGGCGGAGGGCAAAGCCGGCUUGGCGGGCGCGGCGGGGGGCCUCCUCGGCGCCCACCCGCUGCUGCUGCCCGGCGGGAAGAGCUUCUGCUGCGGCAUCUGCGGCCGCGGCUUCGGGCGGCGGGAGACGCUGAAGCGGCACGAGCGCAUCCACACCGGGGAGAAGCCGCACCAGUGCGCGGUGUGCGGCAAGCGCUUCCGCGAGUCCUUCCACCUCUCCAAGCACCACGUGGUGCACACGCGCGAGCGGCCCUACAAGUGCGAGCUCUGCGGCAAGGCCUUCGGCUACCCGCAGAGCCUCACGCGCCACAAGCAGAUCCACCGCCUGCCGCUGCCCGGUGCCGCCCCGACCGCCGCCGCCGCCGCCGCCGAGCCGGGCUACGGCUGCGGGCAGUGCGGCGAGCGCUUCCCCGACCUCUUCCGCGCCGUCAACCACAAGGAAGCGCACGCGGCCGAGAAGCCCUACGGCUGCGACGCCUGCGGCAAGGCCUUCGGCUUCAUCGAGAACCUCAUGUGGCACCAGCUGGUGCAUCAGGCGGCCCCCGAGCGGCUGCCGCCCGCCGGCGAGGCCGAGACCGCCGCGACCGCCGUGACCGCGACCGUGACCGCCGCCGCCGCGGCCGAGCAGCACCCGGUAGUGCCCAGCGGCGAGCGCUUCAGCUGCGGCACCUGCGGGCAGAGCUUCAAGCAGUUCCUGGCGCUGGUGACGCACAAGUACGUGCACCUGGUGCGGCGGACGCUGGCGUGCGGCGUCUGCGGGCAGAGCUUCGCCGGCGCCUACGACCUGCUGCUGCACCGCCGCAGCCACCGGCCCAAGCGGGGCUUCAGCUGCUCCGUGUGCGGCAAGCGCUUCUGGGAGGCGGCGCUGCUCAUGCGGCACCAGCGCUGCCACACCGAGGAGCGGCCCUACCGCUGCGCCGUCUGCGGCCGCGGCUUCCUGCGCUCCUGGUACCUGCGGCAGCACAAGGUGGUCCACACCGGCGAGCGGGCCUACAAGUGCGCCCUGUGCAACAAGCGCUUCGCCCAGUCCUCCAGCCUGGCCGAGCACCAGCGGCUGCACGUGGUGGCCCGGCCCCAGCGCUGCCAGACCUGCGGCAAGACCUUCCGCUACCGCUCCAACCUGCUGGAGCACCAGCGCGUGCACCUGGGCGAGAAGGUCUACCGCUGCGACCUCUGCGGCAAGAGCUUCUUCUACCUGUCCUCCAUCCUGCGGCACCAGCGCUCGCACGACGCCCGCCGCGACCUGCGCUGCGCCGCCUGCCUCAAGCUCUUCAAGGACCCCAAGUACUUCAGCAAGCACCUGCAGACGCACCAGGGCGGGCGGCCCUUCAAGUGCAGCACCUGCGGCGAGGCCUUCCGCAACACCUACGGCCUCAAGAAGCACCGGCACGGCCACAAGCUGGAGCGCCUCGCCGCCGCCCUGCCGCACAAGGACCCCUAGGACGGACGGACGGACGGACGGAGGGACGGACGGAGGGACGCCGGCGCGCGGACGGUGCACGGGGAGAGCGUCGGCGUGCCCCGUCGUCACUGCGGGUGCUGGGGCCUCCCGGGCGGGCGAGCGUGGACGGGGCACGGACACGUUGUCGGCAGGUGCUGCGGCGCGGCUCGACGCUGCAACGCGCUGCUGCACGCUGCAAUGCACCGCGGCACGGCUCGGCACGCUGCGGCACGGCUCGGCACGCUGCAACGCGCUGCGGCACAGUGCAACGCGCUCCGGCACACUCCAAUGCACUGCGGCACGGCUCAGCACGGUGCAACGCGCUGCGGCACAGUGCAACACGCUGCGGCACGGCUCAGCACGCUGCAAUGCUCCGCGGCACAGUGCAACACGCUGCGGCACGGCUCGGCACAGUGCAACACGCCGCGGCACGCUGCAACGCACUGCAGCACACUGCAACGCGCUGCGGCACGCUCCAAUGCUCUGCGGCACGGCUCAGCACGGUGCAAUGCACCACGGCACGCUGCAACGCACUGCAGCACGGUGCAGCACACCGCGGCACAGCUCAGCAUGGUGCAGGAGCGCUCGGCACGGCUCGGCACGGCUCGGCACGGCUCGGCACGGUGCAAAACACCUCGGCACAGCUCAACAAGGGGCGGCGCGGCUCGGCGCGGUCUGGUGCCAUGCGGCUCUGCGCGGUGCAGGACGACACGGCGCAGCUCAGUGCCGCUCGGCACGGUGCAACGCGGCUCGGCACAGCUCGGCACAGCUCGGCACUGCUCGGCAUGGUGCGACGCGGCUCGGCACAGCUCGGCACGGUGCAACGCAGCUCGGCACGGUGCAACGUGUCUUGGCACGGCUCGGCACGGUGCAGCAGCUCUCGGCGCGGCUCGGCGCACUGCAGAAGGACGCAGAGCAGCUCGGCACGGCGCGGCACAGCUCCGUGCAGCGCACCGCGGCUCGGCGUGGUGCAGCCCGGCGCGGGACGGCCCAGCGCGGUGCGAAAGGACUCGGCACGGCUCGGCGCCUGGCACCGCGGGAAACGCCUCCCCGGGACGCCGGGAUCGGGCAGAGCCGGACACACGGACUCGCCGCGGGGCCCCUCCCUCGUCCCCCCCCGGGGCCCGGACGCCUGGGCCCCUCCUGCACCACCGGGGCGGACGUUCGGGGCCGGGCGCAGCAGAGCCCCCGGCCCGCCGGGCCCCAGAGUUAUUUUUUAACACCGCAGAUCUAUAAAUAGAGUAUAAAUAUAUAUGUAUAUAUAUAUAUGAGCUCUGUACAUGCAAUGUACACUUUCGCGACCCCCCCCGCGUGGGGGGGGCGGCCGCGGGGCUGAGACCGGCCACAGCUCGCCGCAGCGAUGGCGGGGCCGCGUCUGGGGCCGUCGCGAGCCGGUGCUGUACAGACGAAGACGAUAUUAAACCGUGGAUGCGA